AUUCCCCCCUCCCCAUAAUUUUCACCAACGCACCUGAAAAAUGGCGUCGUUGGUAAAGUUUUCUAGAAAAAUCGCUUUUAUAAGCCCCAGAAGACCACUAGAAUGUCUGUUUCUCCUGGGCAUGGUAACGGUUACCCUUGCUGCUACAGCUCAGCAUCCUGAGUACCAAACAGUGGGGGGAUGGAGCUGUCACAUGUGUCCCAGAGGUACGUUUGUUUCCCAAGACUGUACAUCAGAUGACCCAGCAUCUACAGUCUGCACAAACUGCAGUGAGGGAAGGUUCCAGCCCAGCGAGUGGACCAAUGAGAGGAGGUGUUACACCUGUGACGAGUGUGACCCUGGACUAGACGGCAGUCUGGGAGGAGAACCGCUCGAAGAGUGUACCAUAUAUCAGAAUGCCAUCUGUAGAUGUCCAGAUGAGUUCUACUGGUCACAACCAAACCGCCGAUGUACGGCAGUCACAGAAUGUCCUCCAGGUCAGGGGGUCACGCACACAGCCACCAUAGUGGCAGACACAGAGUGCGAGCCGUGCAGACCGCAGGCCUUCUCUGCCACGUCAUCGGCAGAGGAAACUUGCGCCCCCUGUCUGAUUUGUGAGGAAUUGCAGCGGGAGGUGUCGCCCUGCAACCAAACACACGACAGGGUCUGCCAGAACAUCUCCAUGCCAACAGGUGAGUGA